UGUUGUUUAUGGUGCAAAUCAUUGUUAUAUUUUUGUUAUUUGUAUUUCUUUCUUUCAGGUAUAAUGUUAUUUUAAUCGAGACUGAAGUCACAAGACCAGCCCCCAUUCGACCCUGACCCCUGACUGUCCUUUUCCGACUUUUUCUACUCCGAGCACUCAGCGCAAUUAGUUCAUAUUUGCCUGUGUGUUUACAUUUAAUGGAUCGAUACUCACUCCCAUUUACUAACCGAAGACAGAGAAAAUAUGAUCAACUAACAAUGUCCAUGAACAACAGUAGCCAAACGCAAUCAGAGGCUGGAACGAGUUCGCUAGCAAACUCAACUCCAGCCUCGACAGCUACGUCCUCGACCAAUCAGAGUGUAGCUAGAGGAGGCGAUGUGUUGACUGUUCCGAUGACUUUGCCGACGAUGGGAAUCGUGUCUGCAGCUCCUCCGCAGCAAAAUCAUGUGGCGCCUCAGAACCCGACUCAGACGCAGUUGCACUUCACUGGUGGCUCAUCUAGGAGUGGAAGCUUGUCCUCGAAUAGGCUGGUACCAGUUCCCAUGUUCAGUGAAGCGGAUGAAGCAACUGAGUCUGAAGGAAAUCCAGGAGCGAGGUACAGCUGUUCUGCCUCUGGAAGCUGGUCCACUUUUGCGUCCUGUGUCUCCUCGGGAGUACCCCAGAGAUUCUCCAACCACCCCAGUAAGGCCUUCGACAUGUUGGCCCACAUGUGGAGGAACAAGCACCUCUGUGACGUCAUUCUGGGAGUGGCCGGAACUGAGGUGGAGAUCGAGUGCCAUCGGAAUGUACUGGCCUCGUCCAGCCCCUAUUUCUACGCUAUGUUCAGAAAUGAUUUGGCAGAGAGUCACAGCAACAGAAUCAUGCUGCAUGAAGUGGACGCGCAAGCAGUUCAAAUGAUACUCGAAUUCAUGUAUACUUCUGAAAUUCUAAUUGACGACGAGACUGUCCAAAUUUUGCUCCCGACUGCAAACCUUCUUCAAAUAGAGGAAGUCAGAAACGCAUGUUGUGAGUACCUCCAGUCCCAGCUUCACCCCACAAACUGUCUCGGCUUUCGGGAUUUUGCCGACAUCCACUCGUGCAAAGAACUCCUCGCGACUGCACACAACUACGCUGAACAGCAUUUCAGUGAUGUCAUUCAAUGCGACGAGUUCCUGGCACUGAGUGCUGAACAGCUAUCGGAUCUAAUAGCCUCGGACAAUUUGAGUGUGAAUUCGGAAGAGGAAGUUUUCGAAGCUGUCGUGACGUGGGUCAACCACGACAGAGCUGAAAGGGAAAGGUCGGUAGCUACAGUCAUGUCUCACGUGAAAUUUCCUUUUUUGGCACGAGAUUAUUUAAUCGAAAGAGUAGAACAAGAGCAUCUAAUGAAAGCGGACGAAUGUAAAGAUUUCCUCAUUGAAGCUAUGAAAUACCAUUUGUGCACGGAAGAGCUAAAAGCGAACAUUAAAAGCUCACGGAUCAGACCGAGAGCUCCGCUCGGAUUGCCGAAAUUGAUGUUUGUCGUUGGCGGUCAGGCACCGAAAGCUAUCCGAAGUGUUGAAUGCUACGACUUCACAGAAGAACGAUGGAUUUCAAAGGCAGAUUUGCCCAGUCGACGUUGUCGCUCAGGUGUUGUGGCUUUGAAUGGGUUGAUCUAUGCGUGCGGAGGGUUCAACGGGAGUUUGAGAGUGCGGACAGUCGAGGUGUACGAUCCAGCUAAGGAUACCUGGUCUCCUGCUCCGAGUAUGGAAGCGAGAAGAAGUACUCUGGGAGCGGCGAGGAUGAAUGGGAAGAUAUACGCGGUGGGGGGAUUCGACGGGGCAACCGGACUGAACUCGGCCGAGUGCUUUGACCCGAAGACCAGUGAGUGGUGUCUGAUUGCAUCCAUGACUCACAGGAGGUCAUCGGUUGGAGUGGGAGUCAGUAACAAUAAACUGUAUGCGGUGGGUGGGUAUGACGGGGCCAGCAGACAAUGUCUGAAUGUGGUGGAGUGCUAUGACCCAGAGGGGGAUGUGUGGACCCAUGUGGCCGAGAUGUCCACCAGGAGGAGUGGGGCUGGAGUGGGUGCACUCGACGGAUUCCUAUACGCUGUCGGAGGCCACGAUGGACCCAUGAUUCGCAAAUCAGUGGAGAGAUUCGACCCGGAAUUGAACAGAUGGUCUUAUGUGGCAGACAUGCACACAAUGCGACGCAAUGCAGGUGUUGUAGCGGUGAACGGACUACUAUAUGUAUGUGGGGGCGACGACAGCAACCAGAACUUGAACUCAGUUGAAGUUUACAACCCGAAAACGGACGCUUGGACUCUCCUUCCGGCACAAAUGGGUAUCGGAAGAAGCUACUCGGGUGUCGUGGUUCUGGACAAGAAGUUAUAAUUAAGUUAUAACAGAAAUAAGAAACCUAACUUCAAAACGAGUUGUGAAACUAGCCUCUCAGAAAGAAGACUUGGUUACUUCAACGUGAAAAAAACUUAAUUUUUUUGUGUCAAAACUUGGCAAAACAAACGUGUUUUUGUUAACCGUGCUAACUUUUCCGAAAACAAUUAACCUUUAUUUAUUCGUCCAUUAUGGCGCUUAUAUAUAUCUAACUGUAAUCCGUUUUAGUUUAUUUAGGUUGAGCUUAUAAUUUAUGCAAUGUUCGAGUCGAUAUUAUUGAAUGUUCAAU